UUAACUCCACUCUAAUUAAGUGUGUGUAUUAGAUGUAUUUUGGUGUUUUUUAGAAUAUGUAACACUUCUCUGAGCCCUUUAAUGACCAAAGUUAUUCUGAUAGUCACCAGUGGUCACACUGCUUUGGUCAAGUCAGUCACCAUAUCACUCUGAUAUCAGAAUUCUCCAGAGCUUCGAAGUGUUUAUGAUAGAUUAUGAUGAUGGAUAGGGCUUCUGUUAGCGUCAUUUAGCUUAACACACUCGACUUACUUUGGAAAAAAAAACAUUCUAAUGAAGUAAAUGAGGAAGGAAACUAGUGAAUGUGUUCCAAGUUUCCAUUUCAGUGCAAACAACACAACAGACAAGAGCUUGCUGAAAGAGAGGGGUGAUGCAGCCAUGCUGAUGAGAAAAAUACAUUUUUCACCGGCAGUAAUUCUCAUGUUGCUGGCAGGAGUUCAGGCUCAGCACAGUGUAACUCUCUCCUCUCAGAGUCUCUGUUUUGUAAUUGGAUCUACAGUGAAAAUCCCCUGUAGAUUUACAAAACCUUAUCACUCCACAGUCACAGAGAGAGAGUGGUAUCGAGUCCAGAGCUCUGAAGGAGAACCACGAGACCUGAAGAAAGAUCAAGAAUACUUAAAAAGAGUGUUUGUAAGCACCCAGGAGUCUGGAUCUGAGCUGACAGUAACGAAUGUGAGAGUGAGUGACUCUGGAGUUUAUAACUUUAGAUUUAAAACUCAGAGCAGUGGCUGGAUAUCAGCUUCAUCUGGCGUUCAACUGACUGUUACAGACUUGCAGGUAAACGUGGAUCCUAACACUGUAGGACAGAGAGAGGUGAAAGUGACCUGUAGCUCCACAUGCAGACUCAACAGACACGGUUUCUCCUGGUACAGGAAUGGCAAUUACCAAUACAGAAAUAACGACUACAUUGUACUUGACUCCACCAGUCGAUAUAGUGAAGGCAGCUACUCCUGUGAGGUAUAUGGGACUAAACACCGCUCUCCUCCAGUGUGUGUACUGGGUAAAGAGUGUUGGGGUGUGACUUAUACUCCUGAACGUGUGUGUGCUCUGAAAGACACAUCGAUUGAUCUUUCCUGUUCUUAUAAACAUCCUGCAGGCCACACAGUGAUCAAAUCAGUGUGGUUCAUUAAAGAGCAGGUUGGUGUUGGCCCUGAGGAUGUGAGAGAGGAUGAAGAGUAUCAGGGUCGAGUGCAGUACACACAGAGCUCCCAGAAUGACUGUAGUCUGAGAAUCACUAACCUGAGAGAGAGAGACACUCAAACAUACAGGUUCAGAUUCUACACUGAUGAUCCUACAGGCAAAUACUUUGGCAAAUCUGGAAUCUCUCUUUCUGUCACAGAUCUGAAGGUUACAGUACUAAACACAUACUGGCAUAAGACACUAAGCUGCAUCACCACCUGCACGCUGUCUAACAGACCCACUUACAUCUGGUACAAGAAUGGACAGCGUGUUAGUGAACAGUACAUAAAUGGACUGGAUGUCAGUAGAAGGGAAGCAGGCAGCUACUCCUGUGCUAUAAAAGGACAUGAGGAGCUUCGCUCUCCUGCUGUCUGUGUUUUUGAUGAGAGCUGCUGGAGUGUGACUUACUCCACCCAGACGAUCUGCUCUCUGAUUGGCUCAUCAGUGGACAUACACAGUUAUUACACCUUUCCUAAUAAUUACCAGGUCACAAAAGUAGUGUGGUUCAUUAAUGAACUUGAGGAUGUGAGAGAGGAUGUAGAGUAUCAGGGUCGAGUGCAGUACACAAACAGCUCCCAGAAUAACUGUAGUCUGAGAAUCACUGACCUGAGAGAGAGAGACGCUCAAACAUACAGGUUCAGAUUCUACACUGAUGAUCCUACAGGCAAAUACACCGGUGAACCUGGAGUCACUCUGUCUGUUACAGAUCUGAAGGUUACAGUAUCAGACAUGUACAGUGGAAUGAAGAAGCUGAGCUGCAUCACCACCUGCACUCUGUCUAACAACCCCACUUACAUCUGGUACAAGAAUGGACAGCGUGUUACUGACCAGUACAGAAAAGAACUGGAUGUCACUAGUAGGAAAGCAGGCAGCUACUCCUGUGCUGUACAAGGACAUGAGGAGCUUCGCUCUCCUGCUGUCUGUGUUUUUGGUGAGAACUGCUGGAGUGUGACUUACUCCACCCAGACUAUCUGUGCUCUAAUUGGCUCAUCAGUGGACAUGCACAGUUAUUACACCUUUCCUAAAAAUUACCAGGUCAAGAAAAUGUUCUGGUUCAUUAAAACACAGGUUGGUGUUGAGCCUGAGGAUGUGAGAGAGGAUAAGGAGUAUCAGGGUCAAGUGCAGUACACACAGAGCUCCCAGAAUGAAUUUAGUCUGAGAAUCACUAACCUGAGAGAGAGAGACGCUCAAACAUACAGGUUCAGAUUCUACACUGAUCCUACAGGCAAAUACACCGGAGAACCUGGAGUCACUCUGUCUGUCACAGGUCUGCAGGUUACAGUAUCAGACUGGUACAAUGGAUACAAGAAGCUGAACUGCAUCACCACCUGCACUCUGUCUAACAACCCCACUUACAUCUGGUACAAGAAUGGACAGCGUGUUACUGUCCAGUACAGAAAUGAACUGUAUGUCAGUAGUGAGGAUGCAGGCAGCUACUCCUGUGCUGUAAGAGGACAUGAGGCGCUUUGUUCUCCUGCUGUCUAUCCCCCUAAAAACACCAGUGCAGUGGUUCUUCCCUCUGGAGACACAGUGGAGGGGGCUUCAGUGACUCUGAGCUGUAGCAGUGAUGCAAACCCUCCUGUUCUCACCUAUUCCUGGUUUAAGAAGAGUGCAGCUGCAGACACACUGCUGACAACAAGCCAGAAUUACAGCAUCAGCAACAUCAGCUCACAGGACAGUGGACUGUACUACUGCACUGCUGACAACCAGCUGGGACACCACAACUCUACACCAACACACCUGGAUGUGUUAUAUUCCCCUAAACACACCAGAGCAGUGGUUCUUCCCUCUGGAGACACAGUGGAGGGGGCUUCAGUGACUCUGAGCUGUAGCAGUGAUGCAAACCCUCCUGUUUCCAAUUACACCUGGUUUAAGAAGAGUGCAGCUGCAGACACACUGCUGACAACAGGCCAGAAUUACAGCAUCAGCAACAUCAGCUCACAGGACAGUGGACUGUACUACUGCACUGCUGACAACCAGCUGGGACACCACACCUCUACACCAACACACCUGGAUGUGUUAUACCCUCCACGAAAUCUAUCUGUGACCAUCAUUCCAUCCGUGUCUGGUGAUAUGGUCACUCUGUUGUGCAGAAGUGACUCCAACCCCAAUAGCUCUUACACUUGGUACAAGAAAACAAACGAAGGGGUGAUAUUGGUUGGUAAUGGUACCAGUUUAACUUUAUCCUCAAGAGAAGAUGGAUUUUACCACUGUACAGCAGAGAAUGCAUUUGGAAAAUCCAGUUUGGAACUUUGGGAAAAUAAAUCAGGUAUCAGAGCCGUGAAAUACGUGGCCUCUGGAGUCACUGUUGCUUUGGUUUUAUCAUUGCUGAUCAUUGCUGUCAUUCUGUGGAUGAAGAGAAAAGGACCAGUAGCAUUCACAGUCAGGAGUGAGGAGAACAGCAAAAAUGACUCUGCUCCUGUAUACAGUAACAUCUCAGCCAUGACCUCUGACCCCACACAAACAGCCUCCUCAGAAGAUCAGGACACGGUUCAGUACUCCAAUGUUUUUUUCAGACACUCACACACACAGGAAGUGCCACUCUACUCAACUGUUCAACUGCCAAAGUCUCUCAGUGAGGAACAGGAAGUAGAAUAUGCCACAGUGAACCUUGACAAAUCAAGAGCUGUUCCGGAGGAUCAAAUCUACAGCAAUCUGUCCACAAUAUCCAACAGUUAAGAAGAGUCAAAGCCAACCAUAAACUUAUAAGGUCCAGAUACUUUUCUCUCUCCGAAAGAGUGUUUAUAAAAGCAAAUUCCAAGUGAUAGUUUAGAAAUGUUAUGUUAUGGAUAUUAUGUAUAUUAAUAUUAUAUCAUGUUUAAAAACCUUAAAUAUAAAGAUUCUGUGGUUGGUCAGUUUAUCCAUGACUAUAAAACAGGUGAAUACUAAAAUGUACUAAUUCCAAGUAUUAAGCAUUAAUUGUUAUUAUAGAUUUCACUGUUUUCACUUUUUUUACCCACUUUCUAAUGUCUUAUAUUUUAUUUUUAUUUUGAAUUUGAUGUCGUGUGCUUGUAUGUUUAUAGCAUGUUAUCGAUUACAAUAAUUCUCCUUUUCAUAGUGUAGUGUAUAUACACAGUAAUUUAUUUGAAUAAAAAAUAAAGUAUUUAUUCAGUCAUGUCCCAUUAAAGCAAAAAGUUGCAACAGCAUGUCAACAAAAUGGAAGUUUAUUUAAAAAUAUGUAUAAAUGCAUUCGCUCAACGAGCAAUUGAGCAGCACUUUGUUAAAACUUCUCUAUAUGUCUUCAAGCUUCAAUAAACCCUAUUAUUAAAGACCAAAUUGGAAAAUUUGGUG